CGGCGCAAACCCUUUCUGACUUGUCUCCGCCGGGAUCAGAAGAAAUCAAUCGCAAAUCCUUAAAGUCGCCUCCCAUGGUGGUUUCUCCCUCCAAUGCCCAUCAGUAACCCUAGGAAACGGCCAAUCUGUGUCGCUCGAUCGUUUCUCAGCAGCCACGCAACCAAAGCAGAGCUCUCUCAGGCCGUAUCUCGUCUCGAGUCCUUGACUCAACAAGGGAUUCGAUUACCCUUUGACCUCCUAGCUUCGCUGCUCCAACAGUGUGGAGAUACCAAGUCUUUGAAACAAGGCAAAUGGAUUCAUCGUCACUUGAAGAUUACUGGAUUCAAGAGACCCAACACGCUUUUGUCCAAUCAUUUAAUCGGAAUGUACAUGAAAUGUGGUAAACCUAUUGAUGCGUGUAAAGUGUUUGAUCAAAUGCAUCUCAGGAACUUGUAUUCUUGGAACAAUAUGGUCUCCGGUUUUGUCAAAUCGGGGAUGUUGGUGCGUGCACGAGUUGUGUUCGAUAGUAUGCCUGAGAGAGAUGUUGUGUCUUGGAACACCAUGGUUAUUGGGUAUGCUCAGGAUGGGAAUCUACACGAGGCUUUGUGGUUUUUUAAAGAGUUGAGGAGAUCUGGAAUCAAGUUCAACGAGUUCAGUUUCGCCGGGCUCUUGACGGCAUGUGUGAAAUCUAGGCAGCUCCAGCUCAAUCAACAAGCUCACGGGCAGGUUCUGGUUGCUGGGUUUUUGUCAAAUGUGGUGCUUUCGUGUUCUAUCAUCGAUGCUUACGCCAAAUGUGGUCAGAUGGAGAGUGCUAAAAGAUGUUUUGAUGAGAUGACAGUGAAGGAUAUUCAUAUUUGGACCACUCUGAUCUCUGGGUAUGCCAAACUUGGAGAUAUGGAAGCGGCUGACAAGUUAUUUCGUGAGAUGCCGGAGAAGAAUCCAGUCUCUUGGACCGCAUUAAUUGCUGGAUAUGUUAGGCAAGGCUCAGGGGAUCUAGCGCUUGACUUGUUUAGAAAAAUGAUUGCUAUGAGGGUUAAACCAGAGCAGUUUACUUUCAGUAGCUGUCUAUGUGCCUCUGCGAGCAUUGCUUCUCUUAGACACGGGAAGCAAAUUCAUGGUUACAUGAUCCGUACCAAUGUUAUACCCAAUGCGAUUGUCACCAGUUCUUUGAUAGAUAUGUACUCCAAAUCAGGUAGUUUAGAAGCUAGCGAGCGGGUGUUCAGAAUUUGCUAUGACAAGCAAGACUGCGUUUUGUGGAAUACGAUGAUUUCUGCAUUGGCACAGCACGGGCUUGGCCACAAGGCCUUGCAGAUGCUUGAUGACAUGAUCAGAUUGAGAGUCCAUCCAAACCGGACGACUCUGGUUGUGAUUCUUAAUGCCUGCAGUCAUUCAGGUCUAGUAGAGGAAGGAGUGAGGUGGUUUGAGUCAAUGAUUGUUCAGCACAGAAUUGUUCCCGACCAAGAGCAUUACGCAUGUCUGAUAGAUCUCCUAGGUCGUGCCGGUUGUUUCAAAGAACUGAUGAGCAAGAUCGAGGAAAUGCCUUUCGAACCCGACAAGCAUAUCUGGAACGCAAUCCUAGGAGUAUCCAGAAUCCAUGGAAACGAAGAACUGGGAAAGAAAGCAGCGGAAGAGCUGAUCAAACUGGACCCUGAGUCGUCUGCGCCAUACAUAUUGCUGUCAGGCAUUUACGCAGAUCAUGGGAAGUGGGAAUUAGUAGAGAAGCUGAGAGGGAUUAUGAAGAAGAGAAGAGUGAACAAAGAAAAAGCUGUUAGUUGGAUUGAAAUCGAGAACAAAGUUGAAGCUUUCACUGUCUCAGACGGGUCGCAUGCUCAUGCUCAUGCUCGGAAAGAAGAGAUCUACUUCAUUCUGCAUAAUCUGGCUGCACUUAUGGAAGAAGAAGCUUCAAGAACAUGAUCUCUCAUACAAGAAGAAGCAUCAUGGAACACCUGCAAUUUUUCUUCCCAGGAUUGUACACUGUUAAAGCCUGCAAAAGCAGGGAUCUAUACGUGUUGUGAUGAAUUUGAUUUAGCUUUAGAAGUUUUGUCAGUGUAACAGAGAGCUAAAAUCUAGAGUCUUCAAAUUCUUUGUUUUUUCUUCUUCCAGAUUUUUUGGUUAAUAAGAAGCAAAAUUAAAAUCAAAAAUUUCUG